AUGGCAGAACAGACAGAGAGAGCUUUCCAGAAACCGUUCCAUGAGUACCAUAACCGCGACGCCAAAGGCCGCAUCGAUUACAACAGCCCAAAGAGAUGGUACAAGAACAUUGGGUUAGGGUUUGUGACUCCAGACGAAGCGAUCAACGGCAAUUACAUCGACAACAAAUGCCCGUUCACCUCGAAGAUCUCCAUCAGAGGAAGAAUUCUUUCUGGUAUUGUCAAGUCGUGCAAAAUGAAGAGAACCAUUAUAGUCAGAAGAGACUAUUUCCACUACAUCCCAAAAUAUAACCGAUAUGAAAAAAGACAUAGAAACAUCGCUGUCCACUGCUCACCAGCUUUCAGACAACUUAAGGAAGGUGACUUCGUCGUCUUCGGCCAAUGCAGACCACUUUCUAAGACUGUUAGAUUCAACGUGUUGAAGUACACUUCCAGAGGUUCUGCUGACAAGAAACAGUUCGCUAUCUUCUAA